CGGCUUCCUCUACCUUGUCAACGGACAGUCUCCAAUUUAUCUCCUGAUAGGCAGGACAGGACACUUUAACCGCGUUGCUGCCUGAAAUGCGAGCUCCGCGCCGUGCUCGACACCAGAUAGCUGUCCGAGCUCCAGUACUGGCAAGCCGCAAAAAACAAAAGGCACUUUGCCACCCCACCAGCAGCUCCGCCGUGACGCCGCCUACUGCCAGUUCGUCAUCCUACCGAUCAUCGGUGCGGCGGGCAGUUCAAGUGGAUGAUCGAGAACUCUUCCGUCGCACACGACGCGUGCAACGCUGGCAGGAUCUGUCCCGCAACAGCGAUGACUACACGUCCGCAAAUCUGGUGAACCAGGGGUGGAAAUGGCGACGUCAGAAGAAGGGCUUCGAGCUUUACACCCGGCAGUCUCCGAAGCUAAACAUCUCCGGAGCUCCAAUAGGCUCCCAACCUUUCUCAUCGAUAUUGGACAGCGAGAUCUUAGCAGUAGGAAACGUAGCCUGCUCCAUCAGCCAACUAGCAUCGCCACUGCGAUCUCCUAGUGAGAGCGAGUACAACUCGGUGAUGCACUCGCUGUACGGCUCCGACUUCAUUUACGGCUCUCUCGUCCACAAAGCCGUAUUUCGUCGCAGGUCGCGCGCCAACAGUGCCCAGACGGAAGAUCGCAGCAACCAGCUACUGGUCAAAACGUGCGCGUUCGUGCACACCUCCCUGUUCGACAAGAAGAACGAACAGUUAUGCUACGCGGAGCUCUUCUCGCCCACAGUCAGCGGUGGAUUCCACAUCUCGACCUGCUCGCUGGCUGGCCGAGAGGUGAUCGCAGGUAAAGUGCGGGCCCCGCUACGUCGUGCGCUGCACCAGCUGCACCCGUUCAGCGCGUGGCUAUCCGCUGAGCCGGCGACAUCGGGUGUUCACGUGGUAUUUCGAGCUCGUUUCCACCGCUCUGAGAGCGACGGAUCGUGCUCGCCCAAGGUAAUGAAUGCUCGACUCUGGAAGCUCGCUAAGGGAUUGUGUAAACUCGACAAGCUGCUGGACAGUGCCCAGGAUGCGCGGGGGCUGAGUACCAGCUGUAUCAACCAUUCUGUAGCUGGUGGCCCGCGGAACUCACGCUGCAUCGUAUGCACGCGGACAAUGUUCUUCGUCUUCAUGAUGCGAAGCUGCAGUCGCUGCGAGCUUUGCUCCUACAACGUGUGUCACGCGUGCUGCUCGAACCAGCACGUGGCCAUCUACAACAGGCAUGUGGCGCCGUUGUUGGUCUGUGCCCGUUGCCAUGAAAGCCUCGACCGAGACGAGUUCGACAGCCAACUGCGAGCCGUGAACCUCGAGCAGUAGUCAUUUCGGAAGGAAGAAACAGGCUACGGACAAGCUUAGGCGGGGAAGUGUAGUCUAACACCGUCUCCAUAUAAGAACAUCAGACAAUUUGUUACGUGCACUUCAACUUGAAGUUGACUUGUACGUCACUCUGAACACGGACGACCACACCACCCCUUCAACCGUCCUAGCAGACGAUAAAUUGGCUUAGACAUACCUCUAGC